UUUCCUCUGUGGUGGCCCUGGGAGCCAGCAUCAUCUGUAACAAGAUCCCGGGGCUCGCGCCCCGGCAGCGGGCGAUCUGCCAGAGCAGGCCUGUUUUUUUGGUCCCAGAUGGGCAUCAACGAGUGCCAGUUCCAGUUUCGCAACGGGCGCUGGAACUGCUCUGCCCUGGGAGAGAGGACUGUCUUCGGGAAGGAGCUCAAAGUGGGUAGCAGAGAAGCAGCUUUCACCUAUGCCAUCAUCGCUGCUGGGGUGGCCCACGCCAUCACCGCAGCCUGCACGCAGGGCAACCUCAGCGACUGCGGCUGCGACAAGGAGAAACAGGGACAGUACCACAAAGAGGAAGGCUGGAAAUGGGGAGGCUGCUCUGCUGACAUCCGCUACGGAAUAGGAUUCGCCAAGGUGUUUGUGGAUGCUCGGGAGAUAAAGCAGAACGCAAGGACACUCAUGAACCUGCACAACAACGAGGCUGGGCGCAAGAUUCUGGAAGAAAACAUGAAGUUAGAGUGCAAGUGCCACGGGGUCUCAGGGUCCUGUACCACUAAAACAUGCUGGACCACUCUGCCCAAAUUCCGGGAGCUGGGCUACAUCCUUAAGGACAAGUACAAUGAAGCUGUUCAAGUCGAACCGGUGAGGGCGAGUCGGAACAAGCGUCCAACCUUCCUCAAAAUCAAGAAGCCACUUUCCUAUCGCAAACCCAUGGAUACAGAUCUAGUGUACAUAGAAAAAUCUCCCAAUUAUUGUGAAGAAGACCCUGUCACUGGCAGCGUGGGGACGCAGGGGAGGAUGUGCAACAAGACAGCUCAGCAGUCCAAUGGCUGCGACCUGAUGUGCUGUGGCCGAGGUUACAACACACACCAGUACUCAAGAGUGUGGCAGUGCAACUGCAAAUUCCAUUGGUGCUGCUAUGUUAAAUGCAACACGUGCAGUGAAAGAACAGAGGUGUAUACCUGUAAGUGAGCGCGUGGCCGGGCAGGCAGGCACGUCCCUGGCCAUGGAUACAUUUGCACAUGCACUCAGUGUACCUACACGAGACUGUAGGGAAGACCUGCUCUCCCAGAAGAAAUGCUGAUGAAUGGAGCC